GCAGCCUUUUUAGUAUAACCUUAGAUGAUCUUGCUUUGUUCGUUCCGGAGUCAAAUAUGCUCCGUUCUUCGCUUACCUACUUUCAAUCAAGCCAGCACAACCACAGCCAAACGAGUUAACGAAAUUUGUGAGGCUGACCACAGCGGGCCUAAAUGACUAUUAGUAGGUGACAUUUUAGGCCACUCAGGGUGGUACUCAUUUAUUAGGGGGUUCAACAAAUUGUUUGAAUCACAAUUGCCCACAAUUUUUUUUGAAGGCGGUUGAAUUGAAAUGAAACAAAGUUUGGCAUAAAAAAAAAUACACGAAUUAAGCUUUGAAAUUCAAUGGCGACAAGCAGUAGAGAGCAUGCUUUUGCAGGCAAUCCUCUGAUAGGUACUGCUUCAACACCUACAGCUUCCUCUGACAUUGACUCAGCGGUAGCCUCAAUCCACAUGCUCUGGCUAAACACAGCAGAAGAUCAAUUGGGUCAUAAAAUAUUACCCUUUAAGCAAGGUAAGCCCUUGGUGGUAUCUACAAUUUCGUCUGUUGAUGCAAGCCAGGUGCUCACGUGGCAUCUUGCGUGGCAAAGCAUUUAUAAAUGCAAGGAAUCGUUCCAGAGCUCAGACGUGCAAUUGGGCGAAGAUCUAUUGGUCUAUUUGGGUCAGAAAGAUGGGGUGGUGUAUUGGGCUCUUGAUUUUACAGAGACAGGGCAGCAGUCCCCAUUGAAUGGGCAGGGUGCUUACGUGGAGCUGAGGACUUUGAUGACAGCCACUGAUUUAUCUGAUGAGAAUUCCAUGGCAGAGCUCUCAAUUGCAGGCCAUGCCAGAGCACUGCUAGAAUGGCACAGCCUUUCCCAAUUCUGUGGGAAGUGCGGGACAACGACAUUGGCCAUCGAAGCAGGAAGACGAAGGCAAUGCCAGAAUAGUAACUGCAAGAAGAGAUUUUACCCACGUGUGGACCCUGUAGUGAUCAUGCUAGUCAUCGAUAAAGCAAAUGAUCGUGCAUUGUUGAGUCGCCAGGCACGUUUUGUACCUCGGAUGUGGAGCUGUCUUGCAGGAUUCAUAGAGCCAGGGGAAAGCUUGGAAGAAGCAGUGAGGAGAGAAACCUGGGAGGAGGUUGGUAUUGAAGUGGGGGAAAUCGUAUAUCAUAGUUCUCAGCCAUGGCCAGUUGGACCAAGCAGUAUGCCAUGCCAAUUGAUGGUGGGAUUUUUUGCAUUUGCCAAGACCUUCAACAUUUGUGUGGACAAGAAAGAAUUGGAAGAGGCAAAAUGGCAUUCUAGAGAAGAUGUGCAGAAGGCCCUGACAUUUGCAGAGUACGAUAAAUCACAAAGAAAAUCGGCUUUUAGAGUACACCAGAUCUGUGAUGGUGCAGAAAAAGGUCAAAGCCUUUUUGAAGACUUAAACGUUGAAACUAGAGAGCUUGCUCCUAUGUUUGUUCCGGGUCCCUUUGCCAUUGCUCAUCAUUUGAUUUCUUCAUGGGCAAAUAAGGGUGUAGAUUUAUUGGAGAGCUAAACAAUCUUUAUAUAUACUGCAAACAAGAAGGUGAAAAAUGAUAUUUUAUUGCUGUGAAAUGUUUGUAGUUCCAUCAACUUGUCCAUUAUUUGAAUUAGAGCCACGUGCUCUUAUAUAAUAUCUUUAUUUUUUGGUUC